AUGGAAGAAAAAAUCUAAGAGAUUAAUGAAGCAUAAAAUCUAAAUGAACAAUUGAAAAAUAUUGUUUUAAAUAAACUCUAAUCCUUUAAGGCUAAAAUUAUCAUGAAUUAUUUUGACUUUUCAAGUUAAGAGAUGUUUGAUAUUGCAGAACAAUUAAGUAAUCCAAAUAGCUUUGAAUCAUUUAAAUAAGUUUGCAAUUAAGAAUAUUAAUUACUAAUUUCAUAAUAAAAGAUAUUGAUUAAAAAUUUAUAUAAUUUAGAAGAUAUGUAGAUGCAUAGUCUGAAAAAUUCAGAAUUAAUUCAAUAAACUAAAAAUCAGUCUACUUUUGAGAACUUAGAAAUUAAAUAACAAUAAAUAAAUAUCGAAUUACAAUGCAAAUAAAUAUAAUCUAAGAAAUUAAGAUUUUUUAAUUUGAUCAAAAUUUUCUUCCUUCUACUUAUUUUGAUUGUUAUAUGUAAUAUUCAGUUAAACAAUAAAUUUUCUAAUCACAAUUAUUAAUAAAAUUAGAUUUAAGAUUGGUAAAACUUAGAUAAAGAAACAGUUUUUUAAGAGUAAUAAACCACAAAUAUAAAAAUAUAUAAAGAUUAAUACUUUGAUGAUUUAAUAACUGGGCUGAAUUAAAAUUUAUAAAUGAAAGAACUCAAAUGCAGUGUAGAUCCAUUUUAAUAAGCACAAGAACAACAUUAAAAAAGUAAAACUAAAGAAUGUGAUUAAUUCUAAGAUUUUGAAAAAGCAUCAUCAGAACAAAAAUAUACGUAAACGAAAGAGUUUGAUGGAGUUAUUUGGGAUUAUACUUUUAUUACUCCAAUAUAAUUUAGGACUAAAUUUAUGAUUACUUCUACAAAAAAUUAGCAAUUAAAGUACAUAUUAGAUGGAUAAAUUAUAAGAAUGUAAUUAUUAAAAUUUAUAUUAAUCGUAGAGAUCACUAUAAAGAUACUUCUUAGAAACUGUAAAUAAUGACAAAUUUAGAAUAAAUAAAAUAUUUAUCAUGGAUAGGGGAAUAUGGAAUUGAUAAUUAAAAGAUUAAAAAUUGGAUGGGAUUUUGGAAAGGAGAGAUUUUAGCAAAUGUUGGUGGAAUGUACUCGAAUGAUGGCAAAAAAUAAGGGUUAUGGGUGGAAUUAAUAAAUAAUUAUUGGAGGUAAAUAACUUAUGAAUAUAAAAGCAAAGCUAAUGUUUAUGAAGUAGGAGAGUAUAUAAAUAAUAAAAGGAUAGGGAAAUGGAAAUAUAUUUAUUAAAAUAAUGAGAUGUAAUAUAAAAAAAAUUAUUAUUAUAAGUGGAGGCGGCUUUUAUGAUGAUGAAGGUUAGAAAACUGGUGAUUGGAUUGAAUUGAGUGAUGGAUUUUGUAGUUUUUCAUAAGUCACUUAUCAUGGUGAAUAUCAAAAUAAUAAAAAAGUUGGAAGAUGGGAGACUUUUUAUAAAGAACGGUUUCAAAAUGAAGUUAAAUUAAUGUAAAAAAUAAAAUUAUAAUAUUUAACACAUUUUAGAGGAGGGGGAAGUUAUAUGGAAACUGGAUAAAGUUCAAUUAAGGUAGGGAGUUGGAUUGAAUAAUAUGAUAGAUUUUCGAGUCACAAUCAAAUUAUUUAUGUAGGUGAUUAUUAAAAUGGUAAAAAA